AUUCACAAUCUUCUUGGUAAGCAACUCCAGUGUAGAUUUGGCCUUGUUUUCUAGGUUAUUGUCCUGCUGAAAGGUGAAUUCAUCUCCCAGUGUCUGGUGCAAAGCACACAGAACCAGGUUUUCCACUAGGAUUUUGCCUGUGCUUAGCUCCAUUCCAUGUAUUUUUUAUCCUGAAAAAACUCCCCAGUCCUUAACCAUUACAAGCAUACCCAUAACAUGAUGCAACCUCCACAAUGCUUAAAAUAAUGGAGAGUGGUACUCAGUAAUGUGUUGUAUUGGAUUUGCCCCAACAUAAAACUUUGUAUUCAGGACAAAAAGUUAUUUGCUUUGCCACAUUUCCUGUAGUAUUACUUUAGUGCCUUGUUGCAAAGAGUAUGCAUGUUUUGGAAUAUUUUUUAUUCCGUACAGGCCAAAAUGGUGGAACAAACUCCCUCACGACGCCAGGACAGCGGAGUCAAUCACCACCUUCCGGAGACACCUGAAACCCCACCUCUUUAAGGAAUACCUAGGAUAGGAUAAGUAAUCCUUCUCAUCCCCCCCCCCCUAAAAGAUUUAGAUGCACUAUUGUAAAGUGGCUGUUCCACUGGAUGUCAUAAGGUGAAUGCACCAAUUUGUAAGUCGCUCUGGAUAAGAGCGUCUGCUAAAUGACUUAAAUGUAAUGUAAAUGUAAAAUGUAAUGAAUAACAUCACCAUUCUCAAAGGGAUAUUCAAUAUCUGCUUUUUUUAAAACUCAUCUAUCAAUAUGUUUCCUUCUUUGCAAGGCAUUGGGAAACCUCCCUGGUAUUUGUGGUUGAAGCUGUAUUUGAAAUUCACUGCUUGACUGAGGGAUCUUACAGAUAAUUGUAUGUGUGGGGUACAUAGUAAUUAAUCAUAGUCAUAGUCAUAAAUCAUGUUAAACACUAUUAUUGCACACAGAGGGGUGUCCAUGCAACUUACUAUGUGACAUGUUAAGCAAGGUUUUACCCCUUAACCUAUUUAGGCUUGCCAUACCAAAGGGGUUAAAUACUUAUUGACUUAAACUUUUUAUUUUUAGUUAAGAAAAAAAUAAACAUCAUUCCACUUUGACAUUAUGGGGUAUUGUUGAUUCCUAUGGGGUGUUAUUCAAUCUCAAUUUAAUCAAAUGUAAAUUCAGGCAGUAACACAACAAAAUGUGGAAAAAGUCAAGGGGUGUGGAAAAAGUCAAGGGGUGUGAAUACUUUCAGAAGGCACUGUACCAGUAUGAUAAGGCGUACCAGCAUACUAAAUCACACAUCCUGUAUUACUGCACUGGGAGAAUGUUGUAUUUGUCUGAUCCCCCAAACAAAAUAAAGACCGUUUAUUUGUUGUGUUUAUAUUGUUAUUUGUUUGUGUCUUUGCCAGUGUGUUUCUAUAGGACAAAGUAAUGGCAGGCCAAACGGUGUCCAUGAAGGGGCCAGUGUGUCUAAUUGAGAACGACAGUGACGGGAAACUGUGUGUGGUCCGCAGCGCACUGGAAACCCUGAGCCAGAUUGAGCAGCAUGUGGUAGUGGUGGCAGUGGUCGGCCUGUACCGCACCGGCAAGUCAUACCUCAUGAACAAACUGGCUGGGACGAACAAAGGUUUUGCCCUUGGAGCCACAAUUCAGUCCCAGACUAAGGGCAUCUGGAUGUGGUGUGUGCCCCACCCAAUAAAAUCAGACCACACCUUGGUGCUUCUGGAUACAGAGGGGCUGGGGGAUGUGGAGAAGGGUGAUGAUAGUAAUGACAACUGGAUAUUUUCCCUGGCUGUUCUUCUGAGCAGCACCCUGGUGUACAACAGCAUGGGCACCAUCGACAACUACGCCCUGGAGAAACUGCACUAUGUGACAGAACUGACAGACCUCAUUAAGGUGAAGUCGGUUGAGGGAGACAUUGAUGAAUCUGCAGACUAUGUCCGUUUCUUUCCGUCUUUUGUGUGGGCAGUCAGAGAUUUCGGACUAGAGUUAAAGCUUGAUGGAAAACCCAUCACAGCACAUCAGUACCUGGAGAAUGCUCUUAAACUGAAACAAGGUACUAGCAAGAAGAUUGUUCAAUACAACCUGCCUCGUGAUUGUCUGCGGAAAUUCUUUUCCCCCCGUUGGUGUUUUGUCUUUGAACGUCCUGCCAACUCUGAGAAAAUGAAACGCAUGGAGGAGUUGACAGAUGCUGACUUGGAACCCUCCUUUGUGAAGCAGUCCAGAGACUUCUGUGACCACUUAUUUAAAGAAGUCAAGACGAAGACCAUGAUAGGUGGCCUGAAAGUCACUGGUAAAAUGCUCGGGAACCUGACAGAGAUGUACGUUGACAUGAUACGGAGUGGGCAGGUACCCUGCCUGGACAAUGCUGUGGUGGCGCUGGCCCAGAUUGAGAACUCCAGUGCCAUUGAAAAGGCCAAGGCCUACUACCAGCAGAGCAUGGCAAAGAUGGUGGUCUUUCCCACUGAGACCCAGCAGCAGCUGUCUAUGGUUCAUGCUUCCAUGGAGAGGGAGGCAGUGGCCAUCUUCAUGAAUAGUUCAUUCAAGGAUGAAGACCAGAAGUACCAGAAGGAGCUCAUGAAAGCGCUUCAAGAAGUAUAUUCGACAAUCUGUGAGAAAAACUUGCAGGAAUCCCAGAGGGCAUGCACGCACAUCAUCGAACACAUAUUUGCUCCCCUAAAGGUCCAACUUAGGAAUGGUUCCUACAUGACCCCUGGAGGAUACAAACACUACUGCGAUGAUCUCAAAAUGAUGACCAGCGAAUACAGAUCAACAGGAGGCAAAGGAGUGAAGGCUGAAGAGGUACUGAAGGAGUACCUGAAUGACAAGGAAAGCACUGGUCAGGCCAUCCUGUCAGCAGACCAGUCUCUAACUGAAGCUGAAUUGAAGGCCGAAGAGGAGAAAGCGAAAAGGGAGGCGUCUGAGCAAGAGAAACGAACCAUGGAAGAGCAGAUCAGAGUCCAGGAAAUGUUGAUGGACGAUCAGAAGAGAACACACGAAGAGCAUAAGAAACAGCUGUUGGAGAAGAUGGAGGCUGACAAGGAAAAUGCUAAAGUAGAGUACAAUAGAGUUCUGGAGGCCAAACUCAAGGAGAAGGAAGACCUCCUCAAGGAAGGGUUUCAUUGGAAAGCACAAGAAAUGGAGGCACAGAUAGAGGACCUCAGGAAGGAGCAGGAGGAACAGGAAAAAGCUAAGCCCUCAAUGUGGAAGCUAGCUCUGGAUAACAUUGGAACCGCUGCUCUAAUGAUUCUAGGAUGGGGCAAAUUAAUUGGAGUUGGUUUGAAAGUUGGGUCACGUUUAAUGAACUGAAGGUCCUUUAGGGGGGAUGAUAGUAUACUACCAAAAUAUAGUGUUUCACCACCAUGUCCACUUUCGAGAAAGGUGUGGAUAAAUUCUAAAAUGUUUUACCUAUCAAUCAUUAGACUGAUUACUUUACAUUAACCACUGCCUUCAGAAAGUGUGUUCAUUUAGUUUAAUGUUUGUUUAAAAGGCAUAAAAACAAUAAAGAGUAUUUUUUAAAGGCAAA